CAGGCAGGUUCAGGCAGCACCAGGCUCAGCCCAUGUGAGAUGCCUCCCCCAAUCACAACCACUGUCCCUGGACCAGAGGCCCAGAGAAUUGCUGCAGGGUAGAAAAGCACCUUGGGCAGGCAAGGGCUACAGAGUGGGCUGGUGCAGCGCCAGAAGGAGGAGAAGGCAGCAGCUCUCCUGUGGAAAAACAUGAAGAUGGCCAAAGAUGAUUCCACUUUUCGCUGCUUUCAAGGCCUGCUGAUUUUUGGACAUGUGAUUGUUGGUAUGUGUGGCAUUGCCCUGAUGGCAGAGUGCAUCUUCUUUGUGUCUGACCAGCAUAGUCUCUAUCCCCUACUUGAAGCCACCAACAAUGAUGACAUCUAUGGGGCAGCCUGGAUCGGCAUGUUUGUGGGCAUCUGCCUCUUCUGCCUGUCUGUCCUAGCCAUUAUAGGGACCAUGAAGUCCAGCAGGAAACUUCUCCUAGUGUAUUUCAUUCUGAUGUUUAUAGUAUAUGGCUUUGAAGUGGCAUCUUGUAUCACAGCAGCAACACAACGAGACUUUUUCACACCCAACCUCUUCCUGAAGCAGAUGCUGGUGAGGUACCAAAACAACAGCCCUCCAACCAAUGAUGAUCAAUGGAAAAACAAUGGUGUCACCAAAACCUGGGACAGGCUCAUGCUGCAGGACCACUGCUGUGGUGUAAAUGGUCCAUCUGACUGGCAGAAAUACACGUCUGCCUUCCGGACUGAGAACAAUGAUGCGGACUACCCCUGGCCUCGGCAGUGCUGUGUUAUGAACAAUCUUAAAGAACCAUUGAACCUGGAGGCUUGUAAGCUGGGAGUGCCCGGUUAUUACUACAAUCAGGGCUGCUAUGAACUGAUAUCUGGGCCAAUGAACCGCCAUGCUUGGGGCGUUGCCUGGUUUGGAUUUGCCAUUCUCUGCUGGACUUUUUGGGUUCUCCUAGGUACCAUGUUCUACUGGAGCAGAACUGAAUAUUAAGCACAAAGUAUGACUACCGUACCUCCUUCCUCUGGGGACUCUGGAUUGGAUUUGGUGCUGGAACCUGUUCCUCCUAAAUUUGUACCUGCAGUAACAUGCACAUCUUCAUCACAUCACCGAGGCAGAGCACAUGGAGCUGCUUUAGGCUCCCCGGCUCUUACUGUUCUCAGGAAUGCUAUUUUUCAUUCUGUAUCAUUUUUGUGCAUUAAAAGAUGGAGAGAAUUUGGAAAAUGGUGACUACUCCCACCCCUAUUUAUAUAUUAUAUGGGGGCAUAAAGACAUUUCAAGAGCCGAUCUGCCCAUAUUUCUCAAGUUUUCUAAAAAUAAAAAUCUUCCAAGGCUUCCAUUUAUCUCAGUAUUUUCCAGAUGAGUGAAGAAAGGAAAGAAUGCAGAAUGUACCUUUAGCCUUUUAUUCCAUGGCUCCUGUCUUAUCAGACUCCAGCAAUUCUCUUAAUACUGCCUUCACACCCUUUUAUUCUCCAGAGCAACCUCUUGUCUUUAAUUAACAAUAGUUCACCUCUCCUCUCAUACCUUGCGGAGUGCUUUGCGUUUAAUAUUCUCAAUUCACCAUGAAUUAAAAGUAUAUGGAGCUGGACAUGGCAUCCCACACCUGUAAUCUCAGCACUCUGGGAAGCCAAAGCAGAAAGAUCACAAGUUUGAGCCUAGCCGCUGCAAUUUAGAACUUAAGGAGAUCUUUUCUCAAAAUAAAAAAUAAAAAGGGCAUGGGCUAUAGCUUUAUGCUAAGGCCCUGGGUUCAAGCCCACGUAUCACACAAAAAAAAAGACUAGACAAGAAAAGAAAAAAGUAUGUGUUCUUGGAAACACAAAAUGAGUCUGUUGUAUAUUUAUUCAGUCUUUGCCCUGAAUUGUCUUCACUUAAAACAUUUUUCAAACAAGCAAGGUGUAAGCCAGCUAUUAGAAUGGGUGAUUUAUGGAGAUUUUUGUUUGCUGUCAAAAUAUUUCUCUUCUGGAUUGAGUUUCCAUUUUUGGUCCCAGAGGAAGUUCUUGUAACUCAGCAUUUGCUUGCUUACUCUGAUAAAUAAAGAGGGCUUUAAAAUA